GGCGACGACGUCACGCAGGACAUCGCCGCGCUCUGCCUGUCCACCACAAAGCACAGCGCCGCGCCGUUCAGGGAGCUGCUGGUCAGGCUCAACAGCAGCACGCCGGUGAGCUGCGUCAUAGCCGACGGCGUCAUGAGCUUCGCGCAGAGGGUGGCCGAGGAGAUGGGCAUCCCGGCCUUGGUGUUCUGGACUACGAGCGCCUGCGGCUUCAUGGGUUACCUCCACUUCGCCGAGCUCGUCAGAAGAGGCUAUGUGCCACUCAAAGACGAUAGUGAUCUGACUAACGGGUACCUGGACACUGUCAUCGACUGGAUCCCCGGAAUGGAUGGCAUCCGUCUGAAAGACAUGCCCAGCUUCAUCAGAACCACCGACCCGGACGACGUGAUGCUCAACUUCGACGGCGGCGAGGCGCAGAACGCGCGCGGCGCCCGCGGGCUCAUCCUCAACACGUACGACGCGCUGGAGCAGGACGUCGUCCACGCGCUCCGCCGCACGUUCCCGCGCCUCUACACGGUCGGCCCGCUGGCCAAAGCCGCCGCAGGAGGCGCCGAUCUGGACGCGAUCGGCGGGAACCUCUGGAAGGAAGACGCGAGCUGCCUCCGCUGGCUGGACGCCCAGAAGCAGCCCGGCUCGGUGGUGUACGUCAACUUCGGAAGCAUCACGGUGGUGACUCCCGCGCAGCUCGCGGAGUUCGCGUGGGGGCUGGCGGGCUGCGGCCGGCCGUUCCUGUGGGUCGUCCGGCCGGACCUCGUCGCCGGCGAGAAGGCCGUGCUGCCGGAGGAGUUCGUCCGGGAGACCAAGGACAGGGGAGUGCUGGCGAGCUGGUGCCCGCAGGAGCGCGUCCUCUCGCACCCGUCGGUGGGGCUGUUCCUGACGCACUGCGGGUGGAACUCGACGCUGGAGAGCGUGUGCGCGGGCGUGCCGAUGGUCUGCUGGCCCUUCUUCGCCGAGCAGCCGACCAACUGCCGGUACGCGUGCGCCAGGUGGGGCAUCGGGGUGGAGAUCGGCGGCGGCGUGGCGAGGGAGGAGGUGGCGCGGCUGGUGCGCGAGGCGAUGGACGGCGAGAGGGGCAAGGCGAUGAGAGCGAGCGCGACGGCGUUGAAGCAGAGCGCCGGGGCGGCGACGGAGGGAGGCGGCUCGUCGAGCGAGAACAUGGAUCGGCUGGUCGAGUUCUUGCAUGCCGGGUGUGACGGUGCUACCUGAAUGACUUGUAGUACGUGUUUGAGCUGAUCUCCCCGGUCCUUGGAUGUUUUCUGUCUCGUUUCGCGCUGUGCCAGGUUUCCUUCACUGAAUGAAGAGCUGCGUUCAUCACAAAGAUGGAAGAAACAAGACAGAAUGAGGAGAUGAAAUUGUGCAGUGUGAUUUUGUUGCGCUGCAAGUAAUGACGCGUGCCCAGAAUGCUUGGGAGCUGGGAGGAGUAGUUUUGCUCCAGAUGUAAAUUACUCCGGUCUUCUCAAAGACUCCAGUACAAACUACAUAUAGAAUAAAAUAAGUGAAUCUAUGUUAUAAAAUAUGUCUAUAUACAGUUUUAUUGGAAUUUUUAAAAGAUCUUAUAUU